UUCUUCUUCGCCCAGAUUUCCCCCCUCACCUUCGCGAUUUCUGAUCCCUCGCGAUUUCUCGCGAUUUCUUUCUUCUCUCUGUGCAUCGAUAACGACCUGGUGAAAAGGACGACGACGAGUCCACAUUUCAAAGGGACCACAGCCAACAGAUCGCAUUCCCCACCAGCAACAAUGGACGAUAUGGUUGAGCUUAUUCUGCAUCAUGGAGGCGCGAUGAAUAUGUCGAGGGGUGUUCCACAGUACGUUGGGGGGGGUUGUCGAUGUCGUCAAUGUGAAUCGUGA